AAUUGCAGACAAUUUGACUGUAAUGAAUAUGACCUUUUUCCUCUCCAAAGCAUGAUUUUGGCCUUCUUUCAUGGCUCCCGCCUUCUCCAUCCUUUGUCUUCUUCAAUAAAGUUCAACCCAUUUUCUUCCUUUUUCUCAGCAAAGAAAGAAAAAACAACGUUCCUGUCUCCCCACUAGAAACCCAGGAUCAAAUCUCUUCUUUUUAUUUUUCACUUGAAGUUUUGUUUUUUAACUUGAACACAGUAGGAACGUUUGGGGUUUUAACUUGGGCGCCGCAGCAAAAGGCUCCUUUUUUACUCCCUGUUUCUGGGCUUUUUGUUUCAAGAGCAGUGUUGACUGUGCAGAGGAUAUGGUGCACCAUCUGCGUUAUCAUCAUCAGGGGAAGAAAGGUUGGGAGAAUAUGGACAAGGAUGAAGAAGCACAAACCUUCCUUUUGGUGUGGGCAAACUCUGGUUACUGCAAGAGAAAAAGGCCUAAACUUGCUUCUUUCCUUUUGCUCUCUCUUGUAUGUUGCAGCUUAAUACUAGCACCUCUGCUUUUCAUCUCUUCCUCUACCUGGGUUCAUCUUUUGAAACCUAUAUUAUGGGAUUUACAGAUUCAUUUGGUGGGCAGAAUGAAGGCCUUGCUGCUGAUAUGAGUGUUAAUGUUCCUCCUUGUUCUUCAGUAUCUGAUGGGAAAAUUUGCUGUGAUAGAGUCCAUUUUCGGACUGAUGUAUGUAUCAUGAAGGGUGAUGUGAGAACACACUCUGCUUCCUCCUCUAUUUUCCUCUAUGGCUCAAGAAACAGCAAUCGUUUCAUUAGUUAUGUUUCACACCUUGUUGAUGAUGACAAUGAAAAGGAACAUGGGGAAUUUCAACAUGAAAAGAUCAAACCGUACACCCGAAAAUGGGAAACCAGUGUAAUGGAUACCAUUGAUGAAUUGGACCUUAUAUUGAUGAGUGAAAAUUUGGGUGUUCACCAUCACUGUGAUGUGAAUCAUGAUGUUCCAGCAAUAGUCUUCUCAACAGGAGGUUAUACCGGGAAUCUUUACCAUGAAUUUAAUGAUGGGAUCUUGCCAUUGUACAUUACCUCCCAGCAUUUGAACAAGAAGGUUGUGUUUGUGAUGCUAGAAUAUCAUAACUGGUGGAUUAUGAAGUAUGGAGAUAUCCUUUCACAUCUCUCAGAGUAUCCAGCAAUAGAUUUUACUGGAGACAAUAGAACUCAUUGCUUUCCGAAGGCAAUUGUUGGUUUGAGGAUACAUGACGAGCUCACUGUGGAUUCUUCACUUAUGACUGGGAACAAGAGCAUUGUUGAUUUCCGGAACCUUCUAGACAGAGCUUACUGGCCUCGAAUUAGAGGUCUAAUUCAGGAUGAGGAGCGAGAUGAGCAGGAAAAACUCCUUGUGUCCCCAACAUCUGUAUUCUCAUUAGAGACCACAAGAAAGGUGCAAGGAGAUCAUCCAAGGAAACCAAAGCUAGUUAUCUUGUCCCGAAAUGGAUCUAGAGCAAUAACAAAUGAGAAUCUGUUGGUGGAAGCAGCAGAAAGAAUUGGUUUCCAAGUUGAAAUAUUGAGACCUGAAAGAACAACAGAACUGGCUAAGAUUUACCGGGCCCUUAAUUCAAGUGAUGCCAUGGUUGGUGUCCAUGGUGCUGCAAUGACACAUUUUCUAUUUAUGAGACCUGGAUCUGUGUUUAUCCAAGUUAUUCCCCUUGGAACAGAUUGGGCAGCAGAGACAUACUAUGGAGAGCCUGCAAGGAAGCUUGGUUUGAAGUAUAUCGGCUACAAGAUUCUUCCUCAAGAGAGCUCUUUGUAUGACAUCUAUGAGAAAAAUGACCCUGUCCUCAGAAAUCCAAGGAGUCUGACUAAAAGGGGAUGGGAAUACACAAAGAAGAUUUAUCUCGGGGGUCAGACUGUGAGAUUAGACCUCAAAAGAUUUCAGAAGCGCCUUAUUCAAGCUUAUGACCACACCAUUAGAACUAACCAAGACUUUCACCAUCAUCACAGUAAUUGUAAGCAUUGUUUUUAAAGUGUAAUCAUCUCGUCCUUCCUCAUUUUAUACAGACUAUUAGUAGGAGAAAUAAUUAAACAUUUGAAACUGUCCUAUUUCUUUUGUAAUUUGUCCAUGCUCAAUUUAUUG